CCUGGAACACCGAACGCCCGUCAAGCUGAAAAUCCGGGUGCCCCGCUCGCACCGUGUUCGCUGCGGCCAGGAUCACAUGACUUCCUCCACCGACAGCGUGUAGGUGCCUGUAUGGUUUCCAUAGGCGGCGGCGGACACAUAGUAGGUGCCGCCUUCCCCCGGCGUGAAGGUCACCCGGCUGUUAUAGCCCCGGCCGCUGUCGCCGUCGUCCGUGCCAUCGAUCAGGUUGCCGUCCGAAUCGUAAAUCCCCCAGAGAGUCGGGUCCCUCAGUGUGCCGGCGCCGCUCGGCGAUCCCCUCAGAUCGAUGCGGUAGGGCGUGCCGGCCCCCAGCGUGACUGCAAACCAGUCCCGGUCGCCCGCGUGAUCGAUCUCGCCCGUGACCGACCCAUCCACCGCGAUCCUCCCGGUCGUGUCGGUCCCGGCCGUCACCGCGUCGGCGGCCGAGCCAUUCGUCACCGACAGCGUGUAGGUGCCUGUAUGGUUUCCUUGGCCGGCGGCGGACACAUAGUAGGUGCCGCCUUCCCCCGGCGUGAAGGUCACCCGGCUGUUAUAGCCCCCGGCGCCGUCGUCGUCGUUCGUCGUGCCGCCAAUCAGAUUGCCCUCCGAAUCGUGUAUCCCGCGCAGAUACGGGUCGAGCAGGGUGCCGCCGCCGGUCCACUCUCCCUCCAAAUCGAUGCGGUAGGUCGUGCCGGCCACCAGGGUGACCGCAAACCAGUCCCGGUCGCCCGCGUGAUCGAUCUCGCCCGUGACCGAUCCAGCGACCGCGACCCUGCCGGUCGUGCCGGUUGUAGAUGUGUAGUCGUC